AUGUCUAAUGUUGGCAUGCGAUGCUGGUAUGUAUUCCCAUGUCGCUCGUAUCAGUGUCUCCUUUUUCUUUUGUUCUAUGUCACUUGCACCCCGCAUUUCUCCUGUCACGCUGCACGACCUCUGAAUUACUCAUGGCGCCAGCCCUUGUCGAUCAGUACGAAUGCUCCGAGUCGAUCAACUCCGCAUUAUUUCUUCACCCCUUCUUCGUCUCCAAUUGACGGAACCCAGGAUUUCUUUGCGCAUGCGAAGGUGUCCAGUUUCAAUUCGACGCUGGGUUCCACCCCUUGGCCCGGCACGGAGCUUCCUGCACUUCCAGAGAGCAGCUCCGGUGCGGUUCGCAUGCCGCAGACCGUGGCUGCUGCCAGCCGUGGUCCGAAUAUCUGGGCCGGCAUGUGUGCAGCUCAACCAGCAAUACGUUCGGUCCCUGACAGGUCUGGUCUUGGUUCCUGGCAGAUAUAUCGGGCCUUGUGUCCUCGAGCACCUUUACCUCAACCCCGCGUUGCUGCGCUACGGACCCUGUACGACCCCACGCAGGAGCCAUCGCGAAACACGGUCCUCGACGCCGGAGCUCUCGUCCUCUACUUUCCCAGUCCGCGGACAGUCACCGGGGAGAAUGUUCUCGAACUGCAUGUUCACGGGGGACCGGCGAUCGUCAAAGCGGUGCUGGGUGCGAUUGCAAAAUGCGAUACGGCAGAUCAGCCAGUCCGCUAUGCCGAACCGGGCGAAUUCACACGGCGUGCGUUUAUGAAUGAGCGAUUAGAUCUACCGCAGAUCGAGGCAUUGGGAGAGACUCUCGCCGCGGACACGGAACAGCAGCGGCGUCUGGCAGUGCGUGGCACUGGCGAUGCGCUCUCGAAGCGUUACGAACAAUGGCGUCAGCAACUGCUGUAUGCACGGGGAGAGCUGGAGGCGCUGAUCGACUUUGCGGAGGACCAGCAUUUCGAUGAGUCUUCCCAGGAAUUCAUCGACUCGGUGGGCUCGCAGAUGCGUGCGCUACGACGGCAGAUAGACCUCCACAUCCAGAACGCGUCCAAGGGCGAGCUUCUCCGGAACGGAAUCAAAGUCGCUCUGCUGGGCGCACCGAAUGCGGGGAAGAGUUCCCUGCUGAACCGGAUUGUUGGGAAGGAGGCGGCCAUUGUCAGCACGGAGGAGGGCACGACGCGGGAUAUCGUGGAUGUCGGGGUCGACCUGGGAGGAUGGUACUGCAAGCUGGGGGACAUGGCUGGAUUACGGUCAGCGAGCGGUACAGUAACCGUCGGUGCCGUCGAGCAGGAAGGUAUUCGACGCGCCAAAGCCCGGGCACUCGAGUCUGACGUGGUUGUGGUGGUGCUGUCGGUGGAACAGACGGCUGACGGCGCCGGGACUCGGCUGGCGGUGGAACCGGAGGUGGUCGAGGCAGUCCGGAGCUGCCAAGAGCGAGGGAAAUGCAUCGUCGUGGCUAUAAACAAAUUGGAUCAGCUGCCGAAGAACGAGCAGGACGAGGCUGCGCAGGCCCCGCGUCGCCUGGUCGAGCAUGUCAGCACCUUGUUCGGCGGCCUACCGGAGGAUCGGAUCUACGCCAUCUCCUGCAAGGACGCACAGGACGAGUCGGCAGCGGCAUCGGCGGCAGAUCCUGGCCGGAUCCAGGCGUUUCUGCGGGGGUUGAUCGCUACGUUUGAAGAAAUCGCGGCACCGGAGCGAAUAGAAGGAGAAAACAACGCAAAUGACAUUUCAUACUGGGAAGACUCGUUGGGAGUCACCCAUCGACAACGAUCUAAUCUACAGAGAUGCCUCGAACAUCUAGACGACUUUCUAUCCGAAACACACACGCACACAGAGCCCAACAAGCUCAACCAGCAACCCGAGACGCCAUCUAAUGCUGCUCAUGAAGAAGAAGAAGAAGAAAUCUAUCUAAAUAAUACAAGGGACAAUAUGGAAACAGACGUAGACAUCGUGACUGCGGCGGAGCACCUGCGGUUUGCCGCGGACAGCCUGGCCAAGAUCACCGGCACGGCGGAGAGCGACGUGGAGGAUGUGUUAGGGGUCGUUUUUGAGAAGUAUGCCAACGCGCCAUGUGAGAAGGUGAUGAUGCUGACGAGUUGUGUCGAAACAGGUUCUGUGUUGGCAAGUGAACUCGAGACGUCGACAAGAACGAUGGCCCCUUCAUUUUGCAAUGCACCCGCGUCUCCGCCGGCGGAGGGCGACUACUCAUCCUCGUCCUGGAUGUCAUUGUAUCCGCCGCGCCCCUGCAUUAGCCGACAGGAGCGAAUGGACUGGUGA